GCUCCCUGGCGUCGGACUCGAGCGUCAUCUCAGCCCACCCCCGCCACGGCGUGUGCGCGCCCCGAGAUAGCAUCCCCGUGGGGGGACCCAGCUGGCAGCCGGCGUGCGCUGGAGCACGUGGGGGCGGCCAGGAGGCGUGUUCCGAGCUGGGUGGCAGCGGCGGGGUUGCCGCAGCUACCACCCGACCCGCAGACUGCAGGCAGGCAGGACGAUGGCAUCCAUUUCCGAGCGCACUUUCAUUACCAUCAAGCCUGAUGGAGUCCAGCGGGGAAUAGUGGGAGAAAUCAUCAAAAGAUUUGAACAGAAGGGUUUCAAAUUAGUGGCCAUGAAAUUAAUACAUGCCUCUGAAGACCUUCUGAAAGAACAUUACAUUGAUCUGAAAGAUCGGCCAUUCUAUGCUGGUUUGGUUAAAUAUAUGCACUCUGGACCUGUUGUAGCUAUGGUGUGGGAAGGUCUUAAUGUGGUUAAGACUGGCAGAGUAAUGCUAGGAGAAACUAAUCCAGCAGAUUCCAAACCUGGUACCAUCCGUGGUGACUUCUGUGUUCAAGUUGGCAGGAACAUCAUUCAUGGCAGUGACUCUGUAGAAAGUGCUGAAACAGAGAUCAACCUGUGGUUCACUCCUGAGGAGUUGGUUGAAUACACAAGCUGUGCUCAUCAGUGGAUAUAUGAGUAAAAACAUGGUCUGUGACUUUUAACAUCCAUGCAUCCCAAUGAUUAUGGACCCAGAAAUAGUUCCUAUUGGUACUAUCCUUUAAUUAUUUCAAGGCACUUCUGUAUAAACUGGUGGAAAUCUCUAAUUUGUGUUGUGCAUAUUACAUGUAACCAGUGUUAUUAACUGCUGCUCUAAUUAAAAAAGCUAUUGAAUUAUUA